GGAAAUCCUCCCGCCUCAGCCUCCCAAGUAGCUGGAACUACAGGCACCUGCUACUACACUCGGCUAUUUUUUAUUUUUUGGCAGAGAUGGGGGUCUCACUAUAUUGCCCAGGUCAGUCUCAAACUCCUGGCCUCAGGAGAUCUGCCCACCUCAGCCUCCCAAAGUGCUAGGAAUACAGGUGUGAGCCCCGUGUAUGAGUGCCUGGCCAGGAACCACAGAUUUCUUGAGAAGUGUCUGAAAAGCUGAUUCUAGGACCAGGGUCGGCAAAGGACCAGAUGAGGCAGGAGCAUCCUGUAUUGCCAGGGAGCUGGGAGGGGGUUUCAAAAGGACAAGGAAGAGAGGAGGAGGUGAGAAGACUUUCAAUGGCCAAAGCAGGAACGAUAUGCGCAAAAAUACAAAUAAAAGCCCGGCACAGGGGCUCACUCCUGUAAUCUCAGCACAUUGGGAGGCCCAGGCAGGAGGAUCACUUGAGCCCAGGAGUUCAAGACGAGCCUAGGCAACAUAGCAAGACCCUGUCCCUACAAAAAGUAAAAAAAAAAAAAAAAAAACUAGGUGCGUGUGGUGGUGCACACAUGUAGUCCCAGCUACCAAGGAAGCUGAGGCUGGAGGAUCACUUGGGCCCAAGAGUUCAAGGCUACAGUGAGCUGUGAUCAGGCCACUGCACUCCAGCCUGAGUGACAGAAAGAGACCCCAUUUGUAAAAAAUAAUAAAAACAAACAGAACUUUUAAAACAAAUAAAUAAUAACAGCAUCGGGUUAUGACCUAAAGGAUAAAAUAAAUAUACACGAGCCCACACUGUAGAAAUAAAUGACUGAGUAGAUAAAUCAACAGGCAGAGAAACAAACCUUACAGAAGAAUCCCAGAAAAUACAGACACCCCUCCAGGAGGUGGGGCCUAAUUACUCUCCCCAUGAGUUGGGGAUGGGCUGAGGGGCCGGAUUCCAGUCACCAGAGCAGGGAUGGAAAGGCGAUACCUGAAGACUGCAAGAGUGGCAGACAGUCCGCACCCCAGCACGGAGCAGACCUCACCGGUGCUGAGCCACAAGACAGGAGGGGCGAGACUCCACCCCUGCGCCUUCCUUCCUAAAACCCACCACCCCAGUCGGAUCACAGGAAGACACCAGGCAAACCCAAGUCGAGGAACAUUCGACAAAACACCUGGCCCGUCCUCAACCGUGUCGAGGACGCGAGAAGCUGCCACGGCCCAGAGGAGACCCAGGAGACAGAAGGACUCGGCGCCGUGCGGCAAGGAGGAAGAGCAUUUAAUAGGAAGAGAAUUUCCUCCUCCCAGGGAUGCUGGCUGCAGACGCGCUGCAGAUGGAAGAAGUCCAGAUUUUAAAAGUUACUUCUGCGAGCGCGUGAAUUCCGACACCCAUUCCCGCGGCUGGCGUGGCUUCUCCUCGGACCCAUCCCCUGGCCUGGCGACUCCCCCUGGGACCCGGGUCGGUCCUCGGGACCCCUCGCGUGCAGGUGCUGAGCCCGGGCGGGGGCGGCGGGGGCGGGGGCAGCACUGGGGGCCGGACAAGGGGGCGCCAGCGCCUUCCGGAGCGGAAGGGGCUCCGCACACACCUCGACGGGGGCGGGGGUAGGCUCGGCACAGGCUAAAAACGAACGGAGCCGCCGGGGCUUAGGCAUCGCGGCACCUCCGUUGAACGGGUCUAAGAACAGAACCCCUGAGGACCCUCCGUUUCCAACCGAAGCCAGCCUUUGCUCUGCGUCUUCCCGACCGCAGCGCCAGGACGGACCCCUUAGGACCCGGCGGGCGGGCGGGGCGGGGCGCGCGGGGCGGGGCGGGGAUGGUGGGAGGGUCGCGUAGACCCGGCUGGGACGGAGGGACGGCGGCGCGGGAUGCUCAGAACGCGUGUGGGCGGCCCGGGCGGCGCCUGGCCCUCUCCCCGUCCUCGCGCGCCGCGCUCCAGCCCCGGGAUGCUGCUCCGGCCCCGCAGGCCGCCCCCGCUCGCGCCCCCCGCGCCGCCCUCGCCCGCCAGCCCCGACCCCGAGCCGCGGACACCCGGAGACGCCCCGGGGACCCCGCCCCGGAGGCCCGCCUCGCCCAGCGCGCUGGGGGAACUCGGGUUGCCGGUGUCCCCGGGCUCGGCGCAGCGCACGCCCUGGAGCGCCCGGGAGACGGAGCUGCUGCUGGGGACGCUGCUGCAACCGGCCGUGUGGCGCGCGCUGCUCCUGGACCGCCGCCAGGCCCUGCCCACCUACCGCCGCGUGUCGGCCGCGCUGGCCCAGCAGCAGGUGCGCCGCACCCCCGCGCAGUGCCGCCGCCGCUACAAGUUCCUUAAAGACAAGUUUCGCGAGGCGCACGGCCAGCCGCCCGGGCCCUUCGACGAGCAGAUCCGGAAGCUCAUGGGGCUGCUGGGCGACAACGGGCGCAAACGGCCUCGCCGCCGCUCCCCGGGAUCCGGGCGCCCCCAGCGCGUCCGCCGCCCGGUCCCCAACGCGCACGCGCCGGCUCCCAGCGAACCAGACGCCACCCCGCUGCCCACCGCCCGCGACCGCGACGCGGACCCCACCUGGACGCUCCGCUUCAGCCCGUCCCCACCGAAGUCUGCGGACGCCUCCCGCGCCCCCAGCUCCCCGCCAGCUCCCGCCCCGACCGCCGUCGCCACCUGCAUCCCCGAGGACCGCGCGCCCGUCCGCGGCCCCGGGUCCCCGCCGCCACCCCCGGCCCGCGAAGACCCCGACUCGCCGCCCGGCCGCCCCGAGGACUGCGCGCCCCCUCCGGCCGCGCCCCCGUCGCUGAACACCGCCCUGCUGCAGACCCUGGGGCACUUGGGCGACAUCGCGAACAUCCUGGGCCCUCUGCGCGACCAGCUGCUGACCUUGAACCAGCACGUGGAGCAGCUGCGCGGCGCCUUCGACCAGACAGUGUCCUUGGCCGUGGGCUUCAUUCUGGGCAGCGCGGCCGCCGAGCGAGGGGUCCUCAGGGACCCGUGCCAGUGAGUCCCGGCUGCGGCCAGUCUCCCCUCUCCAGGCCGAGGCCCCUCCGCCCUGACCUCUCCUGCUGCCUUCCCACCCCCGUUCUUGGGUACGUUCAAUAAAGGAUUGUUUUCCUGGA